CUGCCACCUCUAAACCUAAACCUCUUGCUGUCUAUACUCGUUUUGUUUUAAGCGUUGCUUUUUGUUAACUGUAGCCUUAAUUGCGAGGGAUCCAUACCUUCAAGACCUCAAGAAUCAUCAUGGCCUCAACUUGGCCCGAAGAGGAAAGCUUUGCCUGCUCUGUAUGCCUGGAGACCCUAAAAGACCCCAUUACCUUAACAUGCGGACACUCUUACUGCUUGAACUGCAUCGAAAACCACUGGGACAAGGAAGAUGGCAAAGGUCAAUACAGCUGCCCUCAGUGCAGGCAGCUCUUCGCUCCUCGGCCAAGCGUGGCCAAAAACACUCUGCUUGAACAGGCCAUGGAGAAACUAAGAACCAACAGCUUGAAGCAAAACCAUGCGGUGGGCAUCUAUUCAUCUGAACCAGCACUGCCCUUCUACUUAGACUUAUCAGAUGUUGGGCCUAGAAAGGGGAGCGUUUACCCACAGCUGCCUUCGAUGGAACCCAGACCCUGCCCUAAACACAAGCAACCGCUGGAUCUGUUCUGCCAUGAAGAUAAGGAGUGUGUGUGUGUGAUGUGUUGCCAACAGGGACACCCUGGACAUCACGUGGUUAGACCACAAGAAGAGAGAAGAGAGAAACAGAAAGAGCUGGUCCAGAUGCAAUCAGAGGUACAGAGGAGAAUUCAGGAGACUGAGCGGAAGAUCAUGGAGGUCCCUCAUACGGCUCGUCAACAAAAGGCUUUGCUGCAGGCCCUUCAAAGGGAGAGUUCUGACUUAUUUCCUGAACUGGGGAAGAGUGUCGAUCUCACAGGGACGCAGGUUGGUGAGCUGCUGAGUGCCCAUGAGGCCGUCUUCGAUGGUCGCGUUGAUGAAUUGGUCAAGAGUUUAGAACAAGAUGUAGCACAGCUCCAUCACAGGAGUGAAGAGCUAAACAGACUGGCCUACAUGCAGGAUAACAUCAGCUUCUUGAAGAAUUUCUUCCUCAUUGAGCCGUUGGGUCAGACUGGAGGCCCGGGACAGUUUGGGAUAAGUCAGGAGGAAGCUGUCGCCUCCAUUCGGUCGGUCAUUAAAGAUUUGCAAGAAUCUGUACAAGAACUCUGCAAAGACAGUUUGGCCAAGAUUGUCAAAAUAGUGAGUCAUGAACCUGUGGCUGCAACACCCAACGGUGUGGCUGUUAAAACAGAAACCACAGUCCCCACUGAUCAUUCCUGUCAGGCCACUACACAGGAUUCAGUCUAUGAAGAAAUAGACACGUCUCCACCUUUACCAUCUCAACCACCUCCUUCUCACGAGCCUCCAAGGUUUAGAGGUUCAAUAAAUUAUCAAGCUUCAGGUCCCGCUCCACCCCUCCCACCCCCUCGACCUCUAGCAUCUGGGACAUCAAUAAGACUUGUGAAUCCAGAGCCUAAAACGAGGGAGGAUAUGUUAAAAUUUCGCUUUGAGCCUACCAUGGACCCCAACACGGCGCAUCGCCACAUGAAGCUGUCAGAAGAUUUGCAUAAGGUCACCAUGUGUGCUGAAAACUUCAACCCACCUGACCACCCUGAUCGUUUCUUCUUCUGGAGGCAAGUUCUCUGCAAGGAGCCCCUGGCAGGGAGCCCUUACUACUGGGAGGCGGAGUGGACCGGGAAGAAGAUCACCAUUGGUGUCGCUUACAAGGAGAUGGAGCGUAAAGGCUCUGACCACAGAAGUCGUCUGGGUCACAACGCCCAGUCCUGGAGCCUGUACUGGUCUGGGACCGGCUUCUCCUUCUGGCACAAUAACCAGGAAAAACUUCUGGGCUCUCCUAAAGCUCAUCGGAUCGGCAUCUAUCUGGACCAGCAUGCAGGGAUCCUAAACUUCUACGGCAUCAUCGGCAACAAUGCUCAUCUUAUCCAUCACUAUGUGACGCAGUUCACCGGGCCGCUCUUCGCAGGGUUCAGACUGUGGGGAGGCGUCGGGGAAACUCUGACUAUUUGUUCACUGGACUGAGUUCAUGGCUUUAAUAGAGUGGUCCUUUCUUGAUAAAACCCUUCCUGUCUGGUUUGAUAUGUUUUUUCUUAAAUGUUGUUCAUGUAUCAUAUUGUGUUUUUAAAGCUGUACUGAAACGAUUAAAAU